GUUAUUUUUGUAAGCAGUAGAUGCGGUAGAUGCUGGUAGAGGCCGUAAAGGCAGUCUUGAACGCCCUAAAGGCAGCAUAGCGUUAAAAUUUUAAAAUGUCGAUUGUCGUUGAUGGUAGCGGCGAUGCCAGGAUGCGAGAAUAUUCAAAGCUGGCUGCCGACCUUGAGCAGCAGGAACUGGAGGCUGCCAAUGGCAUUGCCAGCCCACAGGCUUAUGGUCAACUACUAGCAAUCUACCUCCUUCAAAAUGACCUGCCGAAUGCCAAAUUUCUCUGGAAGAGGAUCCCUCAAGAAAUCAAGCAGUCUCACACAGAGCUGGGAAACAUCUGGAAGGUUGGACAAGGCCUCUGGUUCAAAGAUUUUCCGGCAAUUUACAAUGGCUUAGCCCAGGAAUGGCCUGACCACAUCAAACCUAUCAUGCAGGAACUUGGAGAGCGCACAAGACGGCGGGCCUUGAUGCUGGUAGCCAAGGCAUAUUCUUCUAUUUCCCUUGAUGACGCAUCCUCGUUUCUUGGUAUUCCCAAGCUUGAAUUAGCUGAUGUUGUGAGUCCAUUGGGAUGGUCUGUUGAUGCCACAAAUGGUAUGGUCUUACCAAAACACACAGUUGUUAGGCAUGAAGAUUCAACACCAAGUGAAGAACAGUUAGCUAAACUUACAGACUUUGUUGCCUUCCUAGAAAAUUAAUCAUUGCUGCCAACUCGGAACCCAUUGUAUACGGGAUUAUAUAAAAUGAUUAAAAUUAAUGAAUCGCAACAAACAAAA